ACUACCCCGUCCAACCUGAGUCGGCCUCACCACAACACAGGCAAACACUGCCUUGUUAACAAAGCCAGACCCGACUCUUACGAUAUACAAGUCCCACGCUUCUCAACUGGGACGCUCUCAAGGAACAGGUGUGUUGGGAAAACUAAGGAAAGUUUGUAAGUCAGGUGUAGUCUUCGCUCGCGUGUGGAAAUCGAGCUCAGGACGCCCAGACCGUGCCGUGAUCGAGUAUUGAUUGACUCGGGUAGGGCUUCUCCCACACCUCGUCGGUAUAGGAACCAGAUAGCUUCCGGUCACACAGCUGAACUGUACCUUCUUCUACAGCAGGUGUGAAAGAAAAGUGAAAGAUGACAGGGAAAGUGGAGAUGAGACCAGUCUCAAAGGACCGGAAUCCGAAGAGCAUGCCCGUGUUCACGCCGACCGGUAACGAGCCCCUCCUGGUCCGUGGGACGAUCGGAGGACCGUUCGACACUUCCGUCAAACACCUGAAGUCGACGACUCACGACAGGCACCAGUACAAGCGGCCCACCCCGAGCCCCGCCCACAGCUGGCCAGCCUCGCGCCCCGCCACCUCGCCGGGAUCGCGGUUUGGAGAACUCAGCAGAAGUUCGUUUUUCUCCAGACACAACCCACAUCCCGUCAGGGUCAGGCAUAUCAAGGGUCUGAACGACAUCCCCAUCUGUGCGGUACACGACACGGGGUUCGUGUCCAGUCCCCGAUGGAACCUCAGCACGCCCGGUACCGCCCAGCGCGAGAGGAUCUUCAAGCACCACAUGCCCGUUAACGCCAUCGGGAUCAACAGCACCAAGUUCCCCAUCAACACCGUCACAGGCCUGCAGAACUUCCCCUUCAAGGAGAAGGCAGUCCCCAGGAUUGGCUUAGUUCCUGUAGCUUCCAUGAACAACACGUGGAGAGACGAACUGAAAGACAUCGUAGAGAAAGCCGGCCUGGCGCCACCAACAGAGCAGGAACUCAAGGAUCGCGACCUCCUGCCCAAGCGACAGACCAAGUAUUCGAAGGAGACGGGUCGUCUCAUUCCCCCGCCGUCUCGCGCCAUGUCCCGCCAGGCUUCACGACAGGGCUCACGCCAAGGGGGUCGCUACAACCACUUCAUGCAUAUCUCACCCGAUCCUAAUGCAGAAGUCUUGGUUCUGGAAAUGUUGUGCCAGAUCCUACAGACAGACUCUAUCCAAGCUGUGCAGCAGUGGUUGGUGAAUGCAACAGGGAGAGAAAAGGACCUUGUUCUGGACAUGAUCAAGUCAGCGAUAUUGAGCGAGGAGGAGUACUACAAGCAUCACGUCAACCCUGAGUUCUACCCUGACGAGAAACGGCCGUACACCUCCGACAGGGACGCCAACUACACCAGGUACUCCUGGUCUGCGGGAGGGGACAUGAGCAAGUUUGCCACUGAUGUGAGGAGAUCAGCCGGAGGGCCGAUCCCUGAAGAAGGUCCAGUUGACCCCGGUCGCCAGUCUCACCCCCCAGAGGUGCUGAGGAUAGACUCCCCACAGGAGGGGCAGACGGCACCUCCGGUCAGGAUCCCGCCGGCACAUCGCACGCCGUCACCAGCAAAAACAUCGCACAGCCGCCAGGCCCAAUCAGCAACCGCGAAGAUGGAGGCUCCCGAGCAGCCAAAGCUACGGUACACGAAAACACCCACCUCGCAAGGAAGGGCAGGUGGCAUGACACCAGAGCCCCCUGCUGACAACAUGCAGUAGUGCAGGGGAGAGAUGUGUGGAAAAGUUGUGAUAUUUGGAUAGGAUAUUUCCUGGAUCAACUCAAUUCUAUUUGGAAAUAUUUUUUUUUCACAAAAGUAUUCAUAUCUUAUAAUGAGUUUAAACAUGAGGGUAACUUUGUUUAUGUAUACAAAAAUGUUAGAUUUUGCUGCUAAAUGAUACUAACGUUAUAUGCUUAAGCACUUUAAUUUAAGAAUUGGUACUCUUAUUUUCAUAUAUGUUGGUGGAAAGCUUCAAUUAUUCUAAGCUUAUAAUCUUGCUACUCCUUAUAAAAGGUUAUUUGUUAGCAGUUACUUUAUAUAGCAAUUUAUACUAUCAAGGAUUUGUUUGUAUAACGGUUUGUUUUUGUUUUAUGGGUUGGAAGUACAUUCUGCUGAUGCUGCUGAAGUUAAAAAAGUGUUAUUGUAUUGUAGAUAUUCUUAUAAAGAUCCUUCUAGGGUAAAUUGUUCCAGGAUUAAGUUAUAGUUGAAUACUUGCAGAGUCUAGAAUAGCUUUGAAAAUGGUGAAGGUCUACAAGACAAAUCCUGGAAUUAAGUACAGGUAAUUUAGCCCAGGUGCCAUCCUAGUUACUGUUUCACGGCUGCCAUACUCACCAGCUGACCAUUUUUGUUAUUGUUAUUGGGUUAUUGGGUGGGCCAACUAUUCACUCUUUGCAGCCAGGGGCUGAAUUGCGAGGAGCUUACAAUAGGCGGGGCUAAAUCG